UGGAUCUCAUGGAAGCAUUUCUUCAACUGAGGCUCCUUCCUCUCUGAUGACUCUAGCUUGUGUCCAGUUGACACACACCACCAGUCAGAACAGCCGGCUGUCAGUGGUGGAGGCCAGUGCUUGUGACGUGGUGAAACUCAGGGGAUGAUGUUCUGCAGUCAGAAGAAGCUGCCAGAAGUCGAGCGGGUGGUGAAAGCCAAUGACCGUGACUACAAUGAGAAGUUCCAGUAUGCGGACAAUCGUAUCCACACGUCCAAAUACAACAUUCUCACAUUCUUGCCAAUUAAUUUAUUUGAGCAGUUCCAAAGAGUGGCAAAUGCCUAUUUCCUUUUCCUCCUGAUACUACAGCUCAUUCCAGAAAUCUCUUCCCUGACGUGGUUCACCACCAUUGUGCCUCUGGUCCUGGUGAUCUCCAUGACAGCUGUCAAGGAUGCUACUGAUGACUAUUUUCGUCAUAAGAGUGAUAACCAAGUGAAUAACCGACAGUCUGAAGUGCUCAUUGAUAGCAGACUGCAGAAUGAAAAAUGGAUGAAUGUUAAAGUUGGAGACAUCAUUAAAUUAGAAAAUAACCAGUUUGUUGCUGCCGAUCUGCUGCUUCUGUCAAGUAGUGAGCCGCACGGUCUCUGCUAUGUUGAAACGGCCGAGCUCGAUGGGGAAACAAAUCUAAAAGUUCGUCAAGCGCUACCUGUUACCUCAGAACUUGGAGCAGAUAUUAGCAGCCUUGCAAAGUUUGAUGGGAUUGUUGUCUGUGAGGCACCUAACAACAAAUUAGACAAGUUCUCUGGAGUCCUCUCUUGGAAGGACAGCAAACACACCCUCAGCAACCAGAAGAUAAUCCUGAGAGGCUGCGUCCUGAGGAACACCAGCUGGUGCUUUGGGAUGGUUCUUUUUGCAGGUCCUGACACUAAACUAAUGCAGAACAGUGGCAAGACAAAGUUUAAAAGAACAAGCAUUGACAGACUGAUGAAUACCCUAGUCCUAUGGAUUUUUGGAUUUCUGGUAUGCCUGGGAAUUAUUCUUGGAAUAGGAAAUUCAAUCUGGGAGAGUGAAUCUGGGGACCAGCUCAGAACUUUCCUCUUCUGGAGAGAAGGCGAGAAGAGUUCCCUGUUCUCAGGAUUCCUAACGUUCUGGUCGUACAUUAUCAUCCUCAACACGCUUGUGCCCAUUUCGUUAUAUGUGAGUGUGGAAGUAAUCCUGGGACACAGUUACUUUAUAAACUGGGACCGGAAGAUGUAUUAUGCUGCCAAAGCAGUGCCUGCUGAAGCCCGGACAACCACACUCAACGAGGAGCUGGGCCAGAUUGAAUAUAUUUUCUCCGACAAAACAGGAACUCUCACUCAAAACAUCAUGACUUUUAAAAAAUGUUCCAUUAAUGGGAGAGUCUAUGCAGGUGAAGUACCAGAUGAUCUGGGCCAGAAGAAAGAAAUAACUAAGAAAAAGGAGGCUGUGGACUUCUCAGGCAAAUCUCAAUCAGAAAGAAGACUUCAUUUCUUUGACCACAGUCUGAUGGAAUCCAUUGAGCGGGGGGACCCCAAAGUACAUGAAUUUCUUCGCUUACUUGCUCUCUGCCAUACUGUAAUGUCAGAGGAGGACAGUGCAGGACAACUGGUUUACCAAGUUCAAUCACCCGAUGAAGGAGCUCUAGUUACUGCUGCUAGAAAUUUUGGGUUCAUUUUCAAGUCUCGGACCCCAGAGACAAUAACAGUAGAAGAAUUGGGAACACCUGUUACUUAUCAGUUACUUGCCUUUUUGGAUUUCAGCAACAUCAGGAAAAGGAUGUCUGUUAUAGUUCGAAACCCAGAUGGACAGAUAAAACUUUAUUCCAAAGGAGCAGAUACUAUUUUGUUUGAGAAACUCCAUCCUUCCAACAAAGACCUGCUGUCCUUGACAUCUGACCAUCUCAAUGAAUUUGCAGGUGAAGGCCUUCGCACCUUGGCAAUUGCUUACAGGGAACUUGAUGACAAGUACUUUGAAGUGUGGCAGGAGAUGCUUGAAGAUGCAAACGCUGCCACCACUGACAGGGAUGAAAGGAUAUCUGGGCUGUAUGAAGAUAUUGAAAGAGAUUUGAUGCUAUUAGGUGCCACUGCUGUAGAAGAUAAGUUACAAGAAGGUGUAAUUGAAACAGUUACAAGCCUAUUGCUAGCCAAUAUUAAGAUCUGGAUCCUAACAGGAGACAAACAAGAAACUGCCAUCAAUAUUGGUUAUGCCUGCAAUGUGCUGACUGAUGCCAUGGAUGCCGUGUUUGUGAUAACGGGGAACACAGCUGGAGAAGUGCGAGAAGAACUCAGGAAAGCAAAGGAAAUUUUGUUUGGACAAACCCCGAGUUUUUCCAAUGGACAUGUAGUUUACGAAAGUAAGCGCCAGUUGGAGUUGGAGCCGGGUGCAGAAGAAGCUGUAACAGGAGACUGUGCCUUAGUCAUAAACGGCCACAGUUUGGCCCAUGCCCUAGAAAGUGAUGUCGAGAAGGAUCUUUUGGAACUUGCCUGCAUGUGUAAGACUGUGGUUUGCUGCAGAGUCACCCCACUCCAGAAAGCUCAAGUCGUAGAGCUGGUCAAAAAGCACAGAAAUGCUGUAACCUUGGCCAUUGGCGAUGGGGCCAACGAUGUCAGCAUGAUUAAAAGCGCUCACAUCGGCAUUGGCAUCAGCGGCCAGGAAGGCCUGCAGGCAGUCUUAGCCAGUGACUACGCUUUGGCUCAGUUCAGAUAUCUCCAACGGCUGCUUCUUGUUCAUGGAAGGUGGUCCUAUUACAGAAUGUGCAAGUUUUUAUGCUAUUUCUUCUACAAGAACUUUGCGUUCACUCUUGUGCAUUUCUGGUUUGCCUUCUUCUGUGGUUUCUCAGCACAGACUGUUUAUGACCAGUGGUUCAUCACUCUUUUUAACAUCGUUUACACAUCACUACCUGUUUUAGCCAUGGGGAUUUUUGACCAGGAUGUGAGUGACCAGAUCAGCAUGGACUGUCCCCAGCUCUACGAACCUGGACAACUGAAUCUACUUUUUAACAAGCGUAGAUUUUUCAUCUGUGUGGCACAUGGAAUCUAUACUUCCUUAGCGCUUUUCUUCAUUCCCUAUGGGUCCUUUUACAACGUGGCUGGAGAAGAUGGGCAACACAUCGCUGACUAUCAGUCCUUUGCAGUUACCAUGGCCACAUCGUUGGUCAUUGUGGUCAGUGUACAGAUAGCCUUGGACACCAGUUACUGGACUGUGGUUAAUCACGUCUUCAUCUGGGGCAGUGUUGCUACGUAUUUCUCCAUUUUACUGGCCAUGCACAGUAAUGGCGUCUUCAGACUCUUCCCACACCAGUUCCCCUUUGUUGGAAAUGCAGUGCACUCCCUGAGUCAGAAGUUCGUCUGGCUUGUUGUUCUCCUGAUAGCUGUGGCUUCCGUCAUGCCGGUGGUGACAUUCAGAUUCCUGAAGAUGUGUUUUUACCCAAGCCUAAGUGAUCAGAUCCGCAGGUGGCAGAAAGCUCAGAGAAAGGAAAGGCCCAUACGAAGCCGAAGGCCUCAGGUCCGCAGGUCCAGCUCCAGAAGAUCCGGGUACGCGUUUGCUCACCAAGAGGGCUAUGGAGAGCUCAUCACAUCUGGAAAAAAUAUGCGAGCUAAAAGUCCAGCCCCAACAUCAGGGCUGGAAAAGACGGUUUAUAAUAACACGAGCUGGAUUGAAAAUUUAUGUAAGAAAACCACAGACGUGGUGAGCGGCUUUAGUCACGAUAAGACAGUGAAGCUGUGAGUCAAGACGGACUUGAACCACAAGAUUUUCUUUUCACCUCAUCUGGGGCUGAGCUUCGGCUGCUCAGGGGCCAAGAGCAGGGCAGAUUGCCUCGCUUAACUUAAAUCCAUGGCCUCCUGUUUCCAAUGCCUGUCACAUACUGGUGUGUUCUGCAGGAAACCGGGCCAGAUGGGCACCAUCCAGUCUGUGAUUCUGUGGACCAAGCCCUCCCUCGUGGGACAAGCACAGAUUUUUAUUAACUUAAACACCAAUUGAUCUGAACUUUGAAUCUUAUUUAUGAAAAAAAAAAAAGUUUGUAAAUUAGCACCUACACUGGAUGGGUCCUGGGUAUGUAAAAGGUACAUUCCAACAGUGUGUCUGAACCAGAAAACACAUGUCUACAGGUACACCGUGUAUGUGAAGAGCCGCCUUUCCCAAAUGUAAAUGCAGAAUUUAAAGUAUGCAGUACGGUGCUCUCAGACUGAGAGUCAGUCUCUCUCUCUUCUAGUUAUGACCUCUACUUGCCAGUCCACCUUGGACAACAAACCAUGACAUGCCUGAAGAAUACGUUAAAAAGCCUGUGGGAUUCCCUGUUUUACAAACCGGUCCAGGGACAAAAGAGAGUGAAUAUCUUUGCAGAGGGGCUGCUAAUGGGGUCAGAUGUAUUCAGAAAGUGUUCAGUCUGUUCUAGGUAGGGACGGAAUACCAGAGUGACUCCCCAGGAAGUCUCCUAACAUUUCAGUGACUUGUCGUGGAAUGCCACACUUUUUUGAUAGUGUUCCAUACAGUUCAUGGGCAAAGGCAGCUGACAGAUCCCAUUUUAAAAACUUGAGAAUUAAAAGGAAGUGAGUGAAUAAGCCAUCUCUACUGUUAUUUACUCAGGUUUAGGUCAUGGAGACUCAUUUCCUUUUAGUAUCUUGUUGUUGUGUUUAUAACUCAAACAUCUAAAUGUAUGGAUGUAUAAGCUAAUUUUUAAAAUAGACAUUACAGCCCAAUUUUGGGAUCUCUGGGUGAGCCACUAUUUUAUAAAGCUCUGUGUUCAAACUGCUGCUCUGCUGCCUCUUACCUCUGUGAUGGGCAGGUGAUGUGCCUUUCUUGAGACUCAGUUUCCUCCUCUACCUACCUACCUCAUGUGGUUGAUGACCAUCAAGCACAAAUUCUCAAACCAUUAGAAACACAAUUCUCAUAUGAAUGUAUGAAUUAGGCUCCAGCUAGUUCAUCAUCAGAACAGCAGAGCAACGGGAAGAGACUGUCAGUCAUGAGUAGGAGGACCUCAAGGAAAUGUGGUUGCUAAAUAUGAUAGAAAGCAAGUAAAACCUAGCACAGGGAGUAUAUUUAUGUGAACGGAAGUAAAAUAAAGCAUUUGGUCUUACUAGUUUUCCAAAAUCAGUCUUUGGCUUUCCAGGCUCCUUCCUGUGGUCCCUACUCAAUUGCUGAUCAAACAAAACUACUUUCCACAAAGAGCUUGUUAAUCCUUAUGUGGCCUUGAUAGAUGAUGGCUUAGGAUGAUAUUAAUAGGUCAAUGUCCCCUGUCCAAUUGGUCUUGGUUUCUCAGGGUGAUUUUUUUCUGACUGGUACUCAAUGAGAUAAUGUGUACACAGGAGCCUAAUACUUAGAGCCUACACCAAUAGCAAAUGCUGGUAGCUAUUUCUUUUCCCUGUACAUAUCUACCUAGACAAAAGUAAGACUUUUGUGUCUAAUGAUCAGCCCUAGUGUGCUUGCUUAUGUUUUAUAACAAUUGCAAAAACUUUGGAAACUUUCAGUAAAUGUUUUGCCACUCCUAAUGCUGGAUGUUUUGCUUCAUUAUCGGGAACUCACCAGGGAAACUUUUUGUUAAAUUGUUCUAGCGCUCUCUCUCUCUCUCUCUCUCUCUCUCUCUCUCUCUCUCUCUCUCUCUCUCUCUCUCUCCUCUCUUCUCACUCCUCACCCUCUGUCUCUCCUUUAUAUGCUUGGGGAAAAUAUACAUCCUUUUUAGCAUUAGAGUCAAGAGUUAGAUGGACCAAUUGGAUUCACGUAUAAUACUAGAAAUGGUCAAUUUUGACACGUUCAGUUCAAAUUUUACACUUGAUCUCAGCCAAAAGGCUGAGAAGUGAUCAGUUCAAAUUUAAAAGGCCAUUUAUAAACAGAUAGUGUAGAGGAUUGUGGGAGAAACAUUUUACUAGUUUACUUUGGUCCUAUGAGAACCAAAUAAACUUAUGCAGCCCACUGUAAGAUACUGAACUGUAUAGGAUAAUUUUGAACCUGAAGAUGAAAGUUGGUGGGGUGGUGGUGAUAUAAAUAAAAUAAAUGCAAUUUUACUUUUA